CGCGCGUCACGAUUAACCAACCCAUCAUCUAUACUAUACCUGGCUUCUCGGAAAACACUCAUCUCCCUGGUGUUAUAAACUAUGCUAAGUCCAGGGUCGACCUAAAGCCUUCUGAAUUAGGAUAAGAAAGCUGUAGAGGCAUCGACUCGAGCUCUGUCUCUUUAUACACCGCAAUCGCUCACCGAUCCGAGCGCGCGCGCAAAAAAAAAAAAAGAAAGAAAAAAAAGAAAGAAAAAAUUCAUCCCCAUUCCUGCGACCGAUGUCUUCCUCAUCCGAGCCGACAUGGCUGUAUGGACGGCGUUGUGCAUACUGCUGGCUACUGCAGCAAGUAGCAAAGGAGCUGACACAGAGGAGCGUCUGGUUGAACAUCUCCUAAAUCCUGCUCACUACAACAAACUGAUUCGACCAGCAACAAAUGGCUCAGAGUUGGUAACUGUGCAGCUGAUGGUCUCACUGGCACAGCUAAUCAGCGUGCAUGAGAGAGAACAGAUCAUGACCACUAACGUCUGGCUCACUCAGGAGUGGCAGGACUACCGUCUCACAUGGGACCCUGAUAAAUUUGACGGAAUGAAGAAGGUCCGUCUUCCCUCUAAACACAUCUGGCUGCCAGAUGUAGUCCUCUACAACAAUGCUGAUGGGAUGUAUGAAGUGUCCUUCUACUCCAACGCUGUGGUCUCCUAUGACGGCAGCGUGUUCUGGCUGCCACCAGCAAUUUACAAGAGUGCCUGCAAGAUCGAGGUGAAACACUUCCCGUUCGACCAGCAGAACUGUACACUUAGUUUUCGCUCGUGGACAUACGACCGCACUGAAGUGGACCUGGUGUUGAGAGCCGAUGUGGCCAGCAUGGACGACUUCACACCAAGUGGAGAAUGGGACAUCAUUGCACUGCCUGGGCGCCGCAAUGAGAAUCCAUCAGACCCAGCCUACGUGGCCAUCACCUAUGAUUUCAUCAUCCGCCGCAAGCCACUGUUUUACACCAUCAACCUGAUAAUCCCAUGUGUGCUGAUUACGUCACUGGCUAUUCUGGUGUUCUACCUACCUUCAGACUGUGGUGAGAAGAUGACGCUAUGCAUAUCCGUGCUGCUAGCGCUCACGGUUUUCUUGCUGCUCAUCUCCAAGAUUGUGCCACCUACAUCUUUGGAUGUGCCACUUGUGGGAAAGUACCUGAUGUUCACUAUGGUGCUUGUUACCUUCUCCAUUGUCACUAGUGUGUGCGUGCUCAAUGUGCACCACCGUUCACCCACUACCCACACUAUGCCACCAUGGGUCAGAGUGGUCUUUCUUGAUAAGCUCCCUGCCCUACUCUUUAUGAGACAGCCCAGGAACAGCAGCGAGCGUCAAAAGCUACGGCAACGCCGGCGUGCCAACGAGAAACUCGGCAUCUCUGGUCAGGAGAGUGGCGAGGCAUGUACGUGCUAUGUCAAUCGGGCUUCGGUCAAGCAGUUUGGAGGAGAGGCAGGUGAAAGUGGUGGCGAGUCCACAGAGGGAUUGAAUGGUCUAAGGGACGGAGGGCGUGAGGGCACCUCGGCUUUGCCACGGGCAAGGCAGCAGCCUCCUGCUGCUCUUCCCCAGGGCCUCCUGGGCCAGGCAUGUCCAGGCUUUGAUGAAGCGGUAGAGGGAGUGCGCUUCAUUGCCAGCCACAUGAAGUGUGAAGAUGAUGAUCGCAGCGUGAGUGAGGACUGGAAAUAUGUUGCCAUGGUGAUCGAUCGCCUCUUUCUCUGGAUCUUCAUCUUUGUGUGUGUCUUUGGCACAGUAGGAAUGUUCCUGCAGCCGCUCUUUCAGAACUCGUCCAAAGCUAUCAUCAACACUCCUGGCUGACCAGUCAGACAUUGCCACCUCAUAGAACGAAUAGAGGAGGGAGGAGCGAGCACUCGUGCCCGAGGGUGGAACUUAGACUGGGACUUUUCAGCCAUAAAUCCUCUAAGGUUUUUUUGGAGACCUUUUUGGAAUAUCUAAACACAAUCAAUAACCACUCAGCAAUUUUUUUUAAUGCAAAGCACCUAGCAUUCAAUUACCCUUCCUCUUCUCUUUUGAGUGACACAAUCAGGGAGAGAGACAGACUGACAGACUGACAGACAGACAGACAGAGAGAGCACACUUCACUCUGCCAGCAAACCAAUGUUAUUCUCCGCAAGCAGCCUGCUAGAUUGAGCCAUCUUCACCCACGAGCUCCACCAUGCGACAGCAAGCGAGCAUACAAACCCCUUAAGAGACUAGUGACUGCUCAUUACUGCAGGAGAAAUGGGUUUAAAUGAAAACACCUUUUAUUUACUCUACAAUAUUGCCAGUAUGAUGGUAUGAUUUGCCAGUAUAUUUUCCGAGUUUAUGGUCUACAUGCCUGAGGUCAUUGUUUCUGUACGAGAACACACCUGAAUGCUUAUUUUCUGUCUGAAUGCAAUAUUGUAUUAUUCUAUUAUCAUAGCGAGAAUGUGUUUAAAAAUGAACCGCUCAUGACCAUACGCAGUGAUCGCGGGAGAAAUGGAUUGCGACGAAUGAUAGAGCGGUGUAGAUUCUUCAUGCACAAUUGUGAUAAAAAAAAAGAAAAAAAAAAAGAAAGCUGUAGUGAAAUAUGAACUGUUGCCGAAUGUUGCAGGGGAAAGAGUUUUGAAAAUGGAAUUGGAAGAAAAGUGUGUAAGGAAGUCUAAAUAGGUCAAAAAUAUAUCAGAUCCAUUAAAGUUGAUAGGCAUCUUGGAUUCUA